AUGCGUCUACUCAAAUAUCCGUAUCUGGUCCAGCGAGAGAUUCUUGAAAACAUGGAGUAUCCCGAUCUAUUUAUGCUCUCCUUCGUCUCUAAGAAUACGAAGAAAUUAAUCAAAUCGACUCAGAUGAACAGAUUCAAAAUGAUAAGCUCAAUCAAGUAUGACACGGAUAGAACUGAUCAACCAUAUGUGUAUAUUGCCCACGAGAACUCUAAUGACCAGAUAAUGAGAAUAGUCGAGGACAAGGAGACGAAAAAAGACGAUUUUCAGCUGAGCAUCUCUGGAAAGACGAUUAAUUUUCGACUCCAAGAAGAUGAUCGUAAUUCACGGUUGGAAUUACCCGAACGUUUCUUUUCACCGUACCCUGUAAUCACUUACAAACAAUGUGACAAGGAAUCUGUAAUAAAAUCCAUUCACGACUAUUUGCUGGAUUUUUUCGGAACGUCUGUGAAGUAUCUUUGGCAAGCACAAGACUUCAAGGACACUGAUUUUUAUAUUCCAUUUGUUUCUCAACUUCAAAACGUUUCAUUCUGUAUUGAUUUGUGGCUUGGCUGGAACUUUGAGGAGAUGGCAAGACUUGAAAACUUUUUUGCCUUAUCUCCAAUUUUGAAAUCGAUUCAAAUGUAUGCUCGGACGACAUCGCAGCCAUUCAACCCGAAAUCAAAGUUUUAUCAAGCCGAAUCUGUUGAAAUCGAUCAAUACCAACACACUGUUCCGGAUAUUUUGGGCCGAUUCCAAGGAAGACAAGCAUUUAUAAGAUGCGCUGAAUGCAAGAGAUCCGCUUUGAUUGAGUUCAUGAAUCGAUGGAAAUCAGGAGAGGAAUUUCAAAAUUUGGAAUACUUGAAAAUCGAAAUAUUCGGCGGCGAAGUCCUUCAAAAUCAAAUUUUGAAUGCAAUUGAAGCAAAACAGCUUGAUGCGACUAAACAACCACCAACACACAACGUGCCCAAAGUGUGA